UUUACAUUCUCAAACUAAUUAAAAUAAAGACAAUAUUUGAGUAAUUAUUAAAUAUUUUUGUGUUAAAGUGAAGGAAUCAAAAUGAAGAAAACAAAGAUAAGUGAAAUUAAUUUUGAUUUAAUUGUAUUAUGGAUUUUGUUUAUUGGGAGAAUUCUUCUCGAGAUAUGGUGUUAAUUUGCUGAUAUACUUUAUUUAUAUAUGUAAGAUUUUGCCUAUAUUUCUCUAAGGAGUUCGAUGAUAUUUUUUUUAUUUGCUUCUCCAUUUAUACAAAUGUUGACGUGGAUGUUUUAGCUGUCUUAUCCACAAGUUUAAAUAAACGAAGAAGAGAAAUAAAACUAAAUUAGUAAUGCAAAAGGAACAUUUGAUUUAAUAUUAGUUGAACUGAAAUGGACUUUAAAAUACUAUUAUAGGCUUUUUAAAAUUGCAAUUACAAAAAUACCUCUUUCAAUGAUGAUAGCACUAGCACAGUCAAUAAAAAUUUUUCCAUUCAUAUUGUUUGUUUAUACCUACAAAAAGUACAAAAUUAUUAUUACUGAUGACAUGAUGAAUAGUCUAAAGUAGCAAUGGAAGAUGGAGAAAGAAGAAAAAAAAGAUAUUUAAGAACUAUAAAAUAAUGAUAAAUAAGAUAAUGAUCAAAUAGAUCAUAUAAUUAGAUAGUCUAAUGCUGUGAUUAACAAUAGGACUUCAUUUCUUCCUCAGCAAGAUUAACUUUAUUUUAAUCGUGAAUCGAAAGUUCCAACUGUAAUAUAAAAUGCAAUGAAUAAUAGAAUUAGUGAAAGCAAUACUAGCUAAGCAUAAAAUAUAGUAUCUUAGUUUGAUAGAACAAGUUUAGUUCCUAAAAAAUAUAGUAGGCCUACAAGUGUUUAAUAGAAAUUGCUGGAUCAUUAGAGAGAAAAUUCUUAUGAUAAACUAAUUGAUGAAUAAUAACUUAAUGAAAAUAAUAGAGAAUAUUAAGGCAAGAAGAAUGUAAAUCUGUGUUUGGAUUCUAACAUGGAGCCAAAUUUUCAAACAAUUUUACUAGAUUCUAAUUUGUAAAAGUUUAUGAUUAUGGCAGAUGUAAUAGAAGCUAUGUUUAAAGCAUUACCAAUGUGUGUUAUCUAAUUUAUUAAUAAUGAAGAAAGGAACUCUUGGGUUCAUAAAUCAGAUAAUUCAAUCAAUAUAUUUGUUUUAUCUGUAUUUCUUGUUUCUGCUUUAAGUGUUGUGAUACAUUUAAUAUGGCUUUAGCGUUUACUAUAUGGAGAUGGAGUUGAAGUCUUCUUUUAAACCAUGAAAUUUUUAAAUGAUACAAAGUAAAAAGAUAAAUCAGAAAACAAAUAAAAGAGUUGGAAAGGUAUUGGUAACAUAUAUCCAGUUCCAGCAUAACUAAAAGUGAAUGAUCUUACUCGAUUAAAGAAAGUAUCUAUACUCAGUAAAAGUUCUGCAAAAAGAAUAAAAAAUAUUACUAUUGCAAUUCCUCCAGAUAGAAGAACUAGAAAUACAACUUGCAGCUUAAUUUUGCAUUCACUGCCACUAUUUGAAAAAUUAGCAAGUUUAUCAUUAAGUUUAGAAGGCCAAAUGCUGAAAGACAAUCAAAUAAAGAGUAUAAUCAAUGUGAUCACUGAUCAGUUAAACAAUAUUUAAAAUAUAGAUCUAGUUAUAGGUAAAAAUGCAAUAAAUGCUGAAUUUUAGAAUAAAAUCAGAUAAAAAAUGGAGAAAAUAGAAAAAAGAGUUUAGACAUUUAGUUUGCUUGGAGAUGAUUUCUUUAAGUUUAUGACUAAAGAUUAAAACCAAAAGAUCCUUCAAAUGAGAAUAUAGCAAAUUAUAAACAAGAACUAUUGUUUAAACAAGAUUUAAGUAAGAUACUAAAAAGUAAUUGCUUAAAAAACAGAUUUAAAAUAGAUAAUAAAGUUAAUCCAAAACCAAAUGCAAGUCCAGCACCUAUAAAUUAACUUGGGGUAAAUUUAAAGAAAUUCAGCUCAAGAAAUCAGUUUCUACAUAAAAAAUUUGAAAUAUUUAUAAAAAUGUCUAUUUAAAGCUGGUAAUAUAUUAGUUAUCAAAAAUUCAGAAAAGUUAGUUUUAGAUUAGAAAUAACUAAUGAUAUAAAUGGAAAAGAGGUCUCUUUUAUAUGACUAUGCAAGAGGAGUAAUAGACCCUAACCCAGGGAAUUUACCAAGGAUAUAGAUGGCUCCAAUAAUGUAACAAGCUCAAAUAAUUGAUAUAAAACCAGAGCAAAUAAACAAUUCAGAAGUUAACAUAAUUAUGGACAACAAAAAGUUAAAUGAGAAGCAUUUUUAAAGUAUGAUUUAAAAUUUGUAAAGACUCCCUGAUAUGAGUAUUCUCAAUUUAGAUUUCUCUAAAAAUAUGAUCACACAAUACGAUUCUAUGAACAUAUUUGACUCUAUUUCAUAAUAAACAUAAUUGAACGUUUUAAUUUUAAAUUUGCAAUUUAGCAAAAUUUGCCUUUAAGGAGCCUUAAGUCUUUCUAAUCGUAUUUCUUAGCUGCAAAGAUUAGUCAAACUAAAAUUAAAUUUAGUAGGUAAUAAGAUAACAUCAGAAGGUUCAUAAGCUAUUUUCUUUUCUUUAGGAAGGAUGGCUAAUCUUUAGUACUUAUCCUUAAAUCUAUCGAACAAUUUAUUAAAUGAAAAUGCCUUAUGUAAGCUGGGAGAUUGCUUGAAUGAGCAAAAUAAAAUAACUUAUUUAAAUUUAGAUUUAUCUUGGAACAAGAUAGAAAACGAAGGACUUAUUUUUUUAUUUAAAAGCCUUAAAUGUAUAAAGUAGUUGAAGAGUUUCAAAUUAGUGAUAAUAAAUGUCAUAAAGAAAAGAACAGAAUCAAAGGUGUGGAAAGAUUUUGCAGAGUUUUUGAAAAUAAAUUAAAAUAUUUCAAAUUUAGACAUAAAUUUUGGAUUGAAUUAAUUAAUGAAUGAAGAUAUUAUUGAUUUAUCAGAGGGAUUGACUGGCUUAGCUAAGCUUAAAUAGAUCCACUUUUCAUUUUAUAGAAAUAAAAUAAGUGAUAGCGGCUUAAUUAUCUUUAUUGAAUCUUUUAUUAAUUUAGGUAUUGUAACUCAUUUUAGUCUAAAUACUGAAGAUAAUAGUAUAAUGGGAUAAUUUGUUAAGAGUCUUUCAAAUCAAAUUCAAAAAAUGAACAAUCUUGAAUACUUGAACUUAAAUAUAAGUCGAUGCGAUGUAGACUUCUCCUGCUUAACAUAACUUAAUAAGAGUCUAGGCUAUGCUUAAAAAAUUUAAUUCCUAGAUCUUAAUUUUUACUACAAUAAUCUAUCCUUUUCUUCGAUUUAAGAACUCUCAAAAUCAAUAUAAUCAAUGAAUGGCUUGAACAUAUUGAAGAUCAACUUAUCAAAAACAUUGAUAUCAUAUGAAGAAGUUAUACAAUUAUGUAAUGUAAUAGAAGAAAAAAUAGAGUUAAAAGAAUUAAUAUUGGGUUUAUCUAACAGGAAUAGUAUAAAUUAAAAUAGUGGAAAACAUGUAGCUCAAGAUAACUUAAUUACUGUUGGUAUUUCAUAAGCCCUAAAUAAAUUAUAGAAUUUACAAUAUCUUGAUUUGAAUUUAGACUAUUAGAGCAUAAAUAAUGAAGGGUGUUGCUCUAUUUUCGAAGGUAUCAUGACUCUUUCCUAACUCUAAUUUUUAAGGAUCUCUCUGAAGGGAAAUAAUAUAGGAAUAAAAGGUGGUUAUGGCAUCAGUUAAUUUAUUGAUAAUUUAAAAAAUUUGAUAAGAUUAGAUCUGAAUUUGUCACAUAAUUAAUUAGAAAAUCUUCCUUGUAUUAGAUUAAUUUACAAGCUUAAAAAUAUGGUUAAGCUUAUGUAAGCUGAUGUUUAUCUUUCUGGGAAUCUACUGAAUUAGAAUGGCAUAGACGUAAUUAAUUCAGUCAGGAGAGAAACUCAUAAUAUAUUUUAUGGUUAUCCAAAUGAAGAUCAGCUAAACGAAAAUAUUAUUAAGUUCCUAGUAAUGUGAACAAUUUCAAAAAUUAUUAAAGAAUCAAAUAAUUAAUUUUAUAAGAUUUGAAUAUUUAUUUAAUAUCUAAAGCUAAUUAAAGAUAAAAUAUAAACAAAUUAUUUUAAAACAUUUUUUUUAUGCGAAAAAAAUAAUAAUUUUUACUCAUCUAUCUAGCUUUUAGCUUUGUAGUAUUUUUAAAUUAAAUGGAGUG